AUGGAAUUAACGCUUUUUCUUGGAGUCGCUGUUUUUCUUCCAUUUGUGGUCAAAGGUAAGAUGAUUUUUCUGUUUGAGUCACGCACUCGCAUAUGUCAACGUCUACCUUAAGCAUCAGUAAUAAUAAUCUAGACACCGGUUUCUACAAUCCUUAGUCAAAAGAACAGAAGUAAAUAAAUUCCAAUCCUAGAUCUUUAAAACUGUGAAACGCCGAGGAAUAGUUUCGACUGGACUGCACUGCUAUAUCCGCGCUUGUGCUCUAAACAACCACAAAUAUCAGGAAAGCCUUAAUUUCCCUUUCGACGGUUCAGAAUUACGAUAUUUAGAUUUAAGAGAAGAUGGGACUGAUCAAUGCCGCGUCUAUGUUCUACGGUAAAAACAAAGAUCUAUUUUUAAAUGAGCUUAAAAGGUCCUUUCGUUAACCGCUACCAGAGAAUGAAUGGUAAUAUAUUUGUUCAAUGAUUAAGAGAUUUUGAGAGCAGAUUUUCUCACCCGACGACAACGCUUUAUCGGCCCUCAUACCAGUUCAUAGAACAUCAUACCAGUUCACAGAACUGCGGCAAGUCUCGAUUUUAUAACUGGAGCCAUCGUCUUUCAUUGCAGUUAAAGGAGGGAAUAACUGCUGAAUAUUUGUUUCCGAAGCUUCUAGAAAUCAUUGUAAUAAGUCAUUUGUGAUCUGCUUGUACAGUUUAUGCCGCGGACUGCUCAUGCUACACAUUCCACGAAGACGGGCUCACAUGGACUGCGGCCAGACAGUCGUGUCAAUCUAACGGAGGAGACCUUGUCUCCAUGGAAACACCACAUGAAUGGCAAGUUGUAAGAGAUUACAUCCAAAACCUAACGAACAAGUUCAACAAUGACUGGCAUAUCGGUUUGCGAAGGAACACCACAGUGAUAGGGAACUGGACCUGGACCUGGGUGAAUGGACAGCCAUUAACCAUUAACCACUGGCAGCCUUGGCAGCCUCGAGAUGGUGCGCCGUAUGUGGUGAUGGCGAAAAACUACCCGCCGGGAACUAGGGGGCUUUUUAAUGACAUAAGAGGAGACAUUUUCGCCGGCUUCAUCUGCGAAAUACCCUCUGGUGUGUGCGUUGCUUUAUUAAAUAUUGUUCGGCCAUUGGUAUCCUGUUUUGCAUUAUGUGUGUGUCUGUCUGUCUGUCUGACAGGGUAAUCUAGUAUUAUCAACUGAGUUGAUAACGUGAAAGAGUUUCAAAGCUGACGUUCCGAGCGUUAACCCUUCGUCAGUGCGAUGGCGAUCUCUCAGUUCAUAAUACUAAAUGAUCCUGAUGUGCUCUCCCACAGACGCAGCACCACAGUUUCUUUAGAAACUUACCCCCUUUAUUCGUUUGUCUGACAGACUCCUUGUUGGUUUUUUUAGUGUUUAUUCGUAAGUUUGUUACUUUGUCGCAUUCCAACACACCCACGCCAGCCCCAUCCUAUAUCCAAAAGGAAAUCCUGUUAGGGGUGGGGAUGUGUAUAAGAAUGGGGUCAGUUUAGUUUGGAAUCUUCGGCAUUAACUACAGUAACUCGUUAGCAUUCCAGACUGUUUAUAACGCAUGAUGACCUCAUAUGAGCUCUGUCUUAGAUGGAUUACAACCGUGUAUUUAACUUAAAUGUGGAUGUCAACUAUUCUACUUUGUAUAUAACAAGGCGCAAAUAAGUAACCAAAAGUAAAGUGACAGCACUCAAAUCAAACCCAUUUUGUUCGAAAAAUUAUUUAGAACUGCUGACUGCUAAAUAUAUAAUGCAGACAGAUAUAGCCUGGGUAAAGGAAUACGAGCAGCUACGUAAGGACACACUCGGAAGAAAAGAAGACGGGUGUUGCCAUGAGGGGAAUUUCACAAACCGGACAAACACGUUGAAUUAUUUGCCACUCGCCCUUGUGUAUAACUAAUUGUGGAACUCGUUUCACAGAGUGUUCAAGAAGUGGUUUAACCUGCAAGAUCACUGAAGUAUUCAGAGCAGUUCCAUCUGGCACAAGUAGCAAACAAACACCUCCGACGUUGAGAACUGAAAAAAACACGCGAGCCAGCAAUACUGAUAUUAUUUCCAUGGUAAGAAAAGGUAAGGGAUAUGUUUCACAGAAACGUGAAUUCAUGUUUUUAAUUAGUAUUUUUUGUGCGAAUUAGAAGCGAUCGAGUAGCGAUCAACUUGAGCACAGUGACCACCAGUUUUGUCACUGACUACAAGUGUCAGUUACAAGAAAAGUUCAGACAGUAUCUUAAAUAUUACACCAUACUCAUUCGAUUAAAGCGCCAACGGCGAAGCGGGAGUCACACCGGCCACACAAACGGAAAACUAGUGUUUGUUCUGCUGGCCGUAUUAUGAUUUUUUUGCCCCACAGCUGAAUAGGUGCUCUAAUUUAUCCUCUCCACUAAACUUCCUCCGUCCCCUAAACGUUUUCAAUUAUUUUUAUUUUCUUUUUCUAAUUCAGUUCAACCUCCUGCCGGCUUCAUCCAUUGGACAAUCGCAAUAAUUCCGCUCGUUUGCGUGAUACUGGUCUUAGUUUGCGUCAUUGGCUUCCUUCUUUGGCGCUUGAAAAUGAAAACACGCAAACAAAACGGCGACAUAACUGCACAGCCAUUUUAUUAUGACGCACAGACACGAUCUCUUCGCAAACAGGAUGAUGGGGCAAACAAUUUCCGCGAAGUCAACCAGCUAAAAGUGCAUUUUCAAGACUCGCCUGAUUGCGAAGAUCAGAAAUAUCACCUGUUACAGCGAUCGGCAAACAAUGAAAACAGAAACGUUCAAUACGCUUCCCCGUACAAAACUCCAGGACAACUCUCAAUCUCCAGGCGGUUAGCAAUAAGACGAAAGAGCAGCGAUGAACUCAAAGGUAAAUACCCGCUGAAUAAAGGCAGAGAAAAUAGAGAGGUGACAAAAGACUACAGUGCAUUAAAAACGGACUCAACUGAACAGAACAACGAGAGUGAUAAUUGUCGUGCUUAUCAAGCUUUGGUCACCGAUUACGAGGAACCUGUAAACAUCAUUUUGGCUGGUAAGGAAAAUGCUGAAAGCCAUAAGUGCUCUGAAGACGAGCAGUCCUAUCUUGAAAUAAUUGCAUGA